AUCUCCAAAAUGGCCCCCAAAAUCGACCCCAACGAAGUCAAGAUAAUCUACCUCCGAGCGACGGGAGGAGAGGUCGGUGCUUCUUCUGCGUUGGCGCCGAAAAUUGGGCCUCUGGGUUUGUCACCCAAAAAGGUCGGAGAAGAUAUCGCCAAAGCAACCGGUGACUGGAAAGGUCUCCGAGUCACCGUCCAGCUCACCAUUCAAAACCGUCAAGCGGCGGUGUCCGUCGUCCCAUCAGCUAGCUCUUUGGUCAUAAAGGCUCUGAAAGAACCCCCACGUGAUAGGAAGAAGGAGAAGAAUAUCAAACAUACUGGCAACGUCUCUCUGGACGAGAUCUACAACGUUGCUCGCAAGAUGGCGCACAAAUCAUUCGCCAAGAACCUGGCCGGUGGAGUGAAGGAGAUCUUGGGUACUGCUCAAUCAGUUGGAUGCACAGUGGACGGUAGACCUCCUCAUGAUAUCAUUGAGGCUAUUGAUGCCGGGGAGAUUGACGUUCCUGCUGAGUAGCAAGGGGGGAGAUGGAUGACAUGCAUCGAAUUGUACCCG